AUGGCGGAACUACUCUUAGAUCCAAAAAUUAGAUUAUGGGUGUUCCUUCCCAUCGUUAUUAUCACUUUUUUGGUUGGUAUUGUGAGGCACUAUGUUUCUAUCAUUCUAUCCUCCCAGAAGAAAAUUGAGCUGCUGCAGGUCCAGGACAGUCAAGUAAUGAUUCGUGCUCGUUUGCUGCGUGAGAACGGGAAAUAUAUCCCACGGCAGUCGUUUGCGAUGCGCCGUCACUGGUUCAACAAUGAAGAGACUGGAUACUUCAAGGUUCAGAAGAGAGCUGCCACUUCUCAGAAUCCCAUGACUGACCCUGGCAUGAUGACUGACAUGCUGAAAGGCAAUGUGACCAAUGUAUUGCCUAUGAUUGUCAUUGGAGGCUGGAUCAACUGGAUGUUCAGUGGUUUCCUUACCACCAAGGUACCCUUCCCCCUGACACUUCGUUUCAAGCCAAUGUUGCAGCGGGGAGUAGAACUGGCCUAUUUGGAUGCAUCAUGGGUAUCCUCUGCUUCAUGGUACUUCCUCAAUGUCUUCGGUUUACGCACCAUCUACGCUUUAGUUUUAGGAGAGAAUAAUGCUGCAGACCAGUCUAAAAUAAUGCAAGAACAAAUGUCUGGUGCUGCUAUGGCGAUGCCUCAAGACCCGAAAGCCGCAUUCAAAGCCGAAUGGGAAGCUCUAGAGAUCACAGAGCACCGGUGGGCAGUUGCUAGUGCAGAAUUAGAUGUACUCAGUAUAUUGGAUGACCAUCAACAUGAACCACAACAAUAA